AUGAAUUUAAACCUCUUUUGCAUCCUAAACGUCGUCCAUCUACUAAGGUCUGUACAAGCCCUUAUAUAUUGUUUUUAAAGUACAUUUUCAUACAUUUGUUUGCACGUUGAAAAUGUUGCGAAUACCAACUAGGUCAAGAAAAUUUGUUUUUUAAUUUGAUGUAACUAAGACAUUUUAUUGUUUCUACGUAAUACCCCAUUAAAUUAGAAGUGGGUUGAAAAAAAGGAGCGACAUGAUUACAAGACAUGUGAGAUGAAGAUGAGAUGGACACUUCAGAAGAGGCACUCGAUUUGAGAGAACCUUAGUCAAGAGUUGCUUGAUCACCGUCUUCUAAUUACCCAACAGUCAAAAGAACAUUUAGAUUGAAUUGAAAAAGCAUACAAAAAGGCGUUUCAUCAGUUCAACUCACGCCAAAUCAAGCUGAAAAUACGAGCUCAACUGAAACCUCGCCGAAGUAAUCUAAAGAAAAUGAAUGCGAAAAAAUCACAGACCAAAGAGUUACCUGAUAAUACAACCACCAAAGCUAACGAUAUAAAGCAGCUUAAAAGCUAUUCCGACAAGUCUGGUCUGUAUGAUCAUUUACCUGGUUCACAUAAAAGUAUGUCAUUAAGUUAUUUAUGUAUUGCGCCGUCAAAUUCAGUUACUUCACCAUUAUCAUCUUCAUCACCACUGUCAAUCGUUAGCAGUUUAAACCCAGGAGGCAAGAUCACUUUCCAGCAACCGAAUACUUUAUGUGCAUCCAGUUAUCAUAAGCAGAUGAACCAGAUUCUUGUUAACUCGCAGACUGUCCAGAAAUGGCUGGACAAAAUUACGCUGCUGAAGUGAGCAUAAAUGAACAAAUUCUGAUUUAAGUAACUUGCCAAUGCUUGACUCAUGCAUUUAUACGCCUGAUUUUCCGACAGUCACAUACCAUAACAACUUAUCAGUUAGUGGCAAGAGGCAUAUUUCUAUGUCAACUUCACAGCCAGCUUCAAAGUCUAAUAAUGAAAUAAAUCCACCACUGCAAAACACUUUCUUACCAAUGUUCUGGAAUCCAAAUUGUACCUGGCCUAGUAUACAACCGAGCGCAGAUAAUUCAAAGAGUUUUUCGAAUAGAGAAGUUAUGCAAAACUCUGAAUUCUGGAAGUGUCCUGCAUUGUCAAGUGGUUCUAAAUCAGAUGUUCCAUUUAUUUUUCCAAUCACUCUUCUUCAUUCUCCAUUAAUCACUCUUUCAGAAUAUACACAAUCUAAUCAGAUAAUUUAUACUACUGCAUCUGGCUCAUCAAAUGUAACAAAUCACCUCCUACCUCUUCCAUCACAAAUUACAGCCACUACAAUACCAGCAUCAACUGUAGCAGCACCGUUGCCAAUCCAGUUAACAAACAAUACUACCAGUGGUCUGUUAUCUUUAUACCUACGUAUGAGUGCAAAUCUUCUUAUGCAAAGUGCCAAAUUAUAUGAGUCAUUUAUCCUGUCUAAUCAAACUAACCAUCAUGACCAAUACGCCUGUUGUUCACCAGAUUCCAAUGAACUAGAAAAUGAGCCAUUAAAUCUCGAAUAUAAACCAACCAACACAACUUCAAGACCUGAUUAUCAAGCUAGUUCUGAAGUCCUAAAGACAGAACCUGACAUCAAAGCAGGAAACUCUAUUUAAUACAAAGUUGUAUUACGAUAAAAAUUAACAAAUUUCCCCCGGAACUAGUUAACAUUGAUUCACUGUUCUUCUACAAAUACACACUUUCUUGGGA